AUGUUUGGCUAUAGCAAGGAAGCAGUUAGAGUGAAAGUCAAGAAAUGUGAAGGGAAGCUUCAACCUGAAUUAAGGAAAUUUUCUGUAGAUCCCCAAAUCACUUCAUUAGAAGUGUUACAAAGCAUUUUAGUUAAAGCAUUUGAUAUCAAAUCUGAUUUCACACUAUCAUUUAGAACCCUAGAUGACUAUGGCCAAGAGAUUUACUUACCUCUUCUUUCUGAUUGGGACCUUGAUGCUGCUUUUCUCAAGGCUCAUAAUAUAGCUCUAACACAGAGAUCAGAACCAUGUGUACAACUCAAAGUGGAUAUGAAGCCGUUUGCUGAAGCGUCGGAAGACUGGGAACCUCCUACAAGCCCAUCACCUAUUACUAACCAGGCUAGCAAAGAACAACCAACGGUUUGUCCAGCAUCACAACAAGUUGAGAAACAAGAGUCACAAACGGGUUUUCAAGGAUUAAUCAUGAAUCAAGUUGAAAAAACAUUUAACAUAGUAUCAAGGGCACUGAAUUUGUAUGAAGACCCUAAUACACCACCUCGUCCACCUCUCAAUGACAUCGAGUUUAGGGCUUUCCUUGAUGCUGUAGGACAAAUAACAAAUACUUCUAAGUUACGGGAAGUUAUAUAUUGUGGUGGAAUUGAACCGAGCUUAAGAAAAGUUGUAUGGAAGCACAUUUUAAAUGUGUAUCCAGACGGUAUGACAGGAAAGGAAAGAAUGGACUACAUUAAAAGAAAAGCCAAUGAAUAUUAUGCACUCAGAUCUCUAUGGAAAGACUGUAUCCAAAAGGGAAAGGUUAAUUCUGAUUUAGCUUAUGUUACGAGUAUGGUUAGAAAAGAUGUUUUACGGACUGACAGGCAUCACAAUUUCUAUGCUGGCAGUGACGACAAUCAAAAUAUUGCUUCACUUUUCAAUAUAUUAACGACAUACGCAUUAUAUCACCCAACUGUAAGCUACUGCCAAGGUAUGUCCGAUUUGGCCUCUCCAUUACUGGUCACAAUGGGCGAUGAGGCUCACGCCUACAUUUGCCUCUGUGCUCUCAUGACAAGACUGUAUCCCAAUUUCUUGCUCGAUGGUGAAGCAAUGACACUUAAGUUUAGCCAUUUGACUGAAUCUUUACAAGUGUACGAUCCCGAUUUCUAUAACUAUCUAAAAUCACAACAAGCCGAUGAUUUAUUAUUUUGCUAUCGUUGGCUGCUUUUAGAAAUGAAACGCGAGUUCGCUUUUGAUGAUGCGUUAAGAAUGUUAGAAGUAUUAUGGGCAUCAUUGCCACAAAAAACUCCAUCUGUAGAGUUAUCCCUCAAAGACAAAGAAUUUGAUCCCACAUUGGAUGAAGACAUUGAUCCUCCUCCUUUAAGCCCUUUGGUGAAAGCUCCUCGAGAAAACGCUUAUACUAAAGUAUGUGCAAUGAGACGUCAAAGCUCAAGUUUCAGUUUAGCAAAUAUAAAAUCGCCAAAGCUCGUUACUACUAAAAAAACUAAUUAUAGUCUCGAUGAAAAUAUUACUCGUAAAAUCUUAACAAAUACGUCACUUAAACAUACUAAAGAUUUUCAAAGUCUUGACGAUGCAGUUCUUCAAAGUGAAAAAGUACCUAGAGAUCGCAAUGAAAGUGGAACUAGAGCGGAUAAUCCAAAUAUUAAGGAUUUUAAAGUUGCAUCUCGAGUGAGCAUGAAAAGCGUGCCUGAACACAAAUCUUCGGAUAUAAAGGAUUUUGGUAUUUCUGAUUGGUCCAGCGCUGAAAACUUAGUAAACGGCACAUCGCUCACAGAUGUUAGAGAUACACCACUAGGAAACCAAAUCCGCUUAUUAAGAGAUAAAUUAUCCAUACAUAAUAACAGAUUCUUUUCAUCUUUAGACAAACUUGAUAGUUCAACUGUAUCAGACUCAAAUAAACCGAAAGUAAAAAUGAUAAAGAAUCUGAACGAAUUUCUAAAUUUCGCCACCGGAACUAAGCCUGACGGUUUAAAACACGAAAAGUUGCAACGAACACAAUCAACAUUAGAAAACUCAACUUCCAAGGAAUGUCCAAAAAUAAGUUUUACAAGUACUUCUUUUGACGAGAAUGAUUUAUCAACCCAAAUUAAUAAAUCACAAAAAAACAACAGAUUAUGUAAAUCUUUUCUGUCUGAUACGAACGACGGUAGCAGUCCAGAUGAUUCACAAGAAUAUUACCCGAUGACUACUUCUAUGACGAGAGAAUUAAGACUGGAACUGGAACAUUUAGAUCGUCAAGUCUUCGGGCCGUCUUAUGUGAACCGACGCAGCAUGAUAUGCGAUUCUCCAUCUGAAUCAACGAGCACUGAUGAAAAACUAACAAAUAAUUACACCGAACAGAAAUCAGAAUGCGUCACAGCUUUAGAGAUACAAACAGGAAAAAUUGAAACUUUUGAAGUAAUGAAAAAAUCACCGUUAUUUGAAACUAUAAAAUCUAAUGCCAGGAGUGCGGAAGAUAUUUAUCUUUGGGAAAAUCCACUCCACAGAAAUACACCAACAACUCGUACUACCGCAAGCUGUCCGCAAACUCCCGACGAACAAGCAGAAUUGGAUUUUGACGGAGACACUGGAGAAAUUUUUGAAGAACAUUCUGGUAAAAAGUCUAUAACACCAAUUCGAUUGUUAAGGAAGAAUCAUUCAUUGGAACCUCAAGAUUUAUGUCGCGAUAACAAUAAACAUUCCGAAGUUCAUUCCAGCGAAUCUGACUCUUCUGAAAGAGAAGGUUUAGAGUCGACUAAUACAGGGACUUUGAAGAACAAUCAUCAAGCAACGUACGUUAAAUCUCAUAAAUUUUUCUCGAACAUGUCCCACGAAUUGGAAAAUGCAAAACGAAACUGUGAAUCGCUGCUAACCGCUAAACAAUCUAACUUACAUAGUGUAGCAUCGACAAUAAAUAAUUUUCAGAAAAAAUACGAAGUGUUCAAACCACCUAUUCAAAGACCAACCGCGUUCAGUUCGGUAUGCGGUGAAAACUCCACUAAAAUCAGUAUAAGCAGUCUGCCGUCGCCAACUGUAUUUGGUGGAGGCAAUCCAUUUUUAAUGUAUCUUUGUCUGACAGUUUUAUUGCAACACAGAGAUUACAUCAUGAGGAAUCGUAUGGACUACAAUGAACUUGCAAUGCAUUUCGAUAAAAUGGUUCGGAAACAUAAUGUAAACAGGGUAUUAAACCAGGCGCGACAAAUGUACGCUAUAUAUUUGAAACAACAAGCACAUAAGACUGGCGAUGUAUCGACUUAA